AUGAAAGCUAUUGUAGUCUUAUUAGCCCUCGCGGCUUUGGGGAGCGCUAAGCCUCAAUACAUCGAAAUGUUGAACAAGUUGGGUGAGCUGGACUUCAAACAGAUGUUCGCUGAUUUAAAAAAAGAGUCCGAAGUACAAGACAUCAUUGAAUAUUUAGACAACCUCACGAUCGACGUUGACUACUACGUCGAUAAUUUACAAUGGAUUAUCCAAAAGUUGCACGCAAACGACACAGCCGGUAUCCCCGGUGUGGAUUUCCACCACAGAACUCGUCGUCACCCCAUGACAGGCACCACAAUGAUAACAUCCCUUGCGGAUACCGUGAGCAUGCUUCCUAUUAGACAACUCCGUGCUACUUUCAACGAAAAAAUGGCCAAGAACGAAUUAUUCAGAACUGCCAUCGAAGGACUCAAAAGCGAUCGUUUUUUGACACUCUACAAGGCUCUCUGGAAGAACCAAGCAUUCCUUAAAGUUAGCGAUACUUUGGCUGAUUAUCAUUUUGACCUAAAAUAUAUAUUUGAAGAGUUGGCUUUAUCUCUACUUGGUCAAAACGACCCUGUCCAGGUGACAUUCCAAAUUCAAUUUGACGAAUUCGUAGACAUCAUUGUUAACAUGGAAUCACCACACUGGCUGCGUCAACUUGGGGGUUACAAGUCAUUCCCUGAAUUCAGGAAAAGCUUAGAUGCCUUGUCAAAGACUAAGCUAGUUGACCACUACCCAAGAAUUGGCGCGGAUAGUCCUGCUUUCGCAAAGGUUGAUAGAUUCUUGAAAAGACAUGGCAUCUUUGUUGCAUACUGGGCUGAUCGUACUGACUUCCUCACGGAAUACUUCGCUAAGAACGACCACGCUAUUGGCUGUAAUGAGAUUAUUCCAACCCAAGAAUCCCACAGAUCCCGCCGUCACCCAAUGACAGGAAGAACCAUGCACACAUUUUUGGCUGACACCGUCAGUCUUCUCCCAAUCAGACAGCUUCAAUCUCUCUUCAACGAAAAAAUGGAAAACAACGCAAUAUUCAAAAACGCCAUUGAAGGUCUGAGAACUAAUGACUUCAAAGAACUGUAUAAUGCUCUCUGGACCGACACCGAGUGGAUGAACCUCGUCGAUGAACUAAGGACCAAAUAUGACUUUGAUCUUAAAUACGUUAUUGAAGAACUAGCUCCUGCUCUGUAUGGACAAAACGUACCACUGUACACAUCAUUCCAAACUCAAUUUGACGAAUUUUUUGAAAUCAUCAUUGCAAACGCAGGAGACACUAUCAACGGCUUACUUGAGGCCUACAAACAAAACGAUGCCUUCAAGACUAGCUUGGACACCCUUGACAACACAGUUUUCAUCCAGCUCUACCAAGACUUGCGCAAGCUUCAAGUUUUCCAAACACUUGAUGCCUACUUGAAGCGCAACGACGUCUAUGUUCCCUACUACAUCGACAGAUUCGAAUAUCUGACAUAUCGUUUAAACACAAACGUGACCGCAGUCGGAGAUCUUGAAAUUAAGAAGCAGUCUGCAAGUACCCGUAAAGAUGUCACACCCAGUGGCACCACCCUGGCAGACUUCCUUGCUGAUGUUGUCAAUAUUCUACCCAAAUCGGAAUUGGCGGCUUUAUACACGAAGAAAAUGUCAGAAAACACUGUAUUCUCGACCGCUGUUAAUUCGUUGACAAGUGCCGAAGGAAAGAAAAUGUACAACGACCUUUGGCAAAACAGAACUUUCCAGGCUGUUGCAAACGCAUACGCCAACUUCGACUUUAACUUUAGAUACAUUUUCGAAACCUUCGUGCCUGCUCUUUACGGACAGUAA